UGGGAUUGCCUGUGUACAGCUCUCGUCCACCUCGUCGGAACCCCUCUGGUCAGAGGCAGCGUCUCUGAUGACUGAACGCUCCUUUGAGGAGGGCUCGGCCAAAGUCAGAACUGCGCGGUGACUGCAGUGCUUCUUGCUCGCAGGGUAGAGCGGAGCCGCCGCAGGCCGCGGACGCACGCGCAGUCAGAACCUAUGACGCCUUCUGGGCGGGGCCUAUAUAAGCCCCACCCUUCCCUUGCAUGAAAGCCGGGUUUCCUUCUGUUCCUCCUCCUCCUAGGAGCUUGGAUUGCGGUUUCUGGAAGCUGUUUGGGGGCCGGCGGGGGCGGGGCCUGCCAUUCUCAGGGCGGUGGGCGGGCCUCCGGGGAUGCUUUGCUUCCUGCCCCUAACCCAAAAGUGCCACCGUGGCGUUGGCGGAGGUCUCCAGACUGAACACUUUUGGCCCCGACAUGCUCGAAUUUUGCAACCUGUAAUCCGGAGCCCAGAGACGCCCUACGGGGAGUCACCCGCCGGCCUUGCUGCGGCCGCUAGUCAGUUCCGACCUCUAAUCACCAGGCUCCUCCGCGGGUUCAAGCACCUGCCCUAUAUUGGGAGGGAGGUAGCCAGAUGUGGAUGGCAGCUGGAAAAGCUUAUAGUCUAGUCUGCGCCCCAGUGGAGAGACUGGGUGAACACAGCUGCAAACCGUGCCCAGAGGAAGCUGGCCCCGAGCCUGCCCUCCAGAAACGCCCAUAGUGUUGAAGUCAAUUUUACAUUGAGUAAAAUUUCGUAGCCUUUCCUUCUUUCUAUAUUGCAGCUGUUUGCCGCUCUCCAAAUCUAAAUCAGAUGAGACAGGACCUGGGAUUCAGCCAACAGUUUGAGCUCCUCGGCCAUUCCACCCCUAUUCACUUCUCACAGCCUUUGCUUUCCCAGCAGCGGCGUCUGGUUAAGCGGCUCUGUACACUCAUUGUGACUUUGGGCUAGGGUCGAAGUGAAAGACCCAGGAGGGUCCUUGUAAGACUGGAUAAAAUUAUCGGCCUCAGGGCCUGGGAAGAAGGCGGGUAUUCGACAUCUAGGGGCGGGGAGAAGGGGCGGAGGAGUUUCUCUUCUAAUCUUAAGUCUGUGGGCUGCCAGGGAUCCCCCGACAGAAGCAGGGGUGGCCUGCGGGUCUGGCUGGCCGUGCAUGCGACUCUUCGUUCCCUACCGUUUUUUGUUUUGUGGUUUUUUUUUUUUAGGUUGGAAAUCCCAGCUGUUAAGGGCCUAGUCCAAGGCACUAGGGUGCCACCUACGCGCUGAUGCCCCGAGUGUUCACAGGGCUUCCAGCUAACUAUGCUGCACCUACCUUGGCGCUGCCCUUGCUACUACCAUUAUUGCUGGUGGUGUGGAUCCAGCUACCCGUUAGCGCGAGGCCGUCCACAGGCCCCGAUUACCUGCGGCGAGGCUGGCUGCGGCUGCUAGCCGAGGGCGAGGGUUGUGCUCCCUGCCGGCCAGAAGAGUGCGCUGCGCCGCGGGGAUGCCUAGCAGGCCGGGUGCGGGAUGCGUGCGGCUGCUGCUGGGAAUGCGCCAACCUGGAGGGCCAGCUCUGCGAUCUGGACCCCAGCGCUAACUUCUACGGGCGCUGCGGCGAGCAGCUCGAGUGCAGGCUGGACGCGGGCGGUGACCUGAGUCGAGGAGAGGUGCCGGAGCCGCUGUGUGUCUGCCGCUCGCAGCGCCCGCUCUGUGGUUCGGACGGCCGAACCUACGCGCAGAUCUGCCGCCUGCAGGAGGCCGCCCGCGCUCGGCCGGACGCUAACCUCACUGUGGUGCAUCCGGGGCCCUGCGAAUCGGAGCCCCAGAUCCUGUCGCAGCCUCACAAUAUUUGGAAUGUAACCGGACAGGAUGUGAUCUUUGGCUGUGAGGUGUUUGCCUACCCCAUGGCCUCGAUUGAGUGGAGGAAAGAUGGCUUGGACAUCCAGCUGCCGGGGGAUGACCCCCAUAUCUCUGUGCAGUUUAGGGGUGGACCUCAGAAGUUUGAGGUGACUGGCUGGCUACAGAUUCAAGCUUUGCGCCCUAGUGAUGAGGGCACCUACCGUUGCCUUGCCCGGAAUGCUCUGGGCCAAGCGGAGGCUUCUGCAACCCUCACAGUGCUCACACCAGCUGAACGCCACGGGAUUCUCCCAACUGCAAUCACGGAGUUUGGUUCCUGAGGAGGAGGAGGCAGAAAGUGAAGAGUUGGGCGAUUACUACUAGGUCCCAGAUCUCUGCUUUGCAGGUGUGGGCAUGUGGACAGAGCACUGCAUCCUUGCUGUCUAGAAAGCCCGGAGAAGACUGAAGGGCGAGCAGGAUCCUUUCAUGGAUUGUUUAAUGCUCAGUGUAGCCUCAGCUCCAUCUUUCCGAAGCUUCCGCGGUAGAGAUGAGCGCAGCAGAACUGAUUUAGUUCAGUACAGGGAGAGGGGUGGGGUAGCUCCGUGUCUUAUACACUCUAGGGGACAAAACCCACCUAGCAUACGACUAGGCACAGUGGGCAUCAAUAAAAAAAAUAUAAACAAACCGAG